CGGAUAUAGUGAAUGCAGGGUCCGGGGAGACCAGAUAUAGUGAAUGCAGGGUCCGGGGAGACCGAAUAUAGUGGAUGCAGGGUCCGGGGAGACCGGAUAUAGUGGAUGCUGGGGUCCGGGGAGACCGGAUAUAGUGAAUGCAGGGUCUGGGGAGACUGGAUAUAGUGAAUAUAGGGUCCGGGGAGACCGGAUAUAGUGGAUGCAGGGUCCGGGGAGACCAGAUAUAGUGAAUGCAGGGUCCGUGGAGACCAGAUAUAGUGGAUGCAGGGUCCGGGGAGACCAGAUAUAGUGAAUGCAGUGUCCGGGGAGACCAGAUAUAGUGAAUGCAGGGUCCAGGGAGA